AUAACUUUGUGCAGUGACAAUUAAGUUUAAUAACUUUGUGCAGUGACAAUUAAGUUUAAUAACUUUGUGGAGUGACAAUUAAGUUUAAUAACUUUGUGCAGUGACAAUUAAGUUUAAUAACUUUGUGGAGUGACAAUUUAAUAGUGUGGCGUUCAUAUAAAUGUGUUAGAGGAACCGGAUAAAAUGUGUAUAAUUUCACUAUCCAACUGCCCAACUUAAUUUCUCAAGAUUUCAAUAGCUCUUUCAAAUAUUUAUGUGACAUAAAAAAAUUCUGUUUGGCAUCACAGUCAAAUCGGAUAAAGGAUAAAAUCGGUCAAGGAGAUGCUUCGUUACGAUCUAAAAAGGAAGAUAUUUUUGUGUUGUGUACUGACCGGUGUUACAGUGAUGAUUGUGAUUGGUUACCGUUUUCAUCAUUACAGGAAGGAUCCGGACAACAAUCAUUGGUCCAACAAUAGGAUGUCCAAUGAUGAUUUAUCCACUAAGCUCCCUGGUCAUACAGAUUUCGACAAUCUUACCUACAAAGGAACCAAAGAAAAGAUAAAGAUCCUAGCUAAGAUUAUUCACCGCGCAAAGAAACAUGUUAGAGGGUCUAAAACUUCCGACUACCUUCGUGAAGCUACACUUAUUAUGAACAACAUAUUAACAGACAUGAAAGUUGAUUCGGCUAAACUUUAUGAGCGUCAAAGUACAAAAUCGAAACACAUAUGUCCUGAAGUAUUCAAGGGUGGAAGUUUUGGUUUUCCAAUGUACUAUGAGGGAUUUGUGGUAGAGAAGUGUGAAAAUGCUGCUCCAUUAUCAAAGCUUGUGACUGUGAUCAAAUAUAUAAAUGGGAAAUCAAAAAGUAUUGAUGUUUUAUCUAAAGAAGUCGACAGAUUUAUUCUGUCUGUUAAUAAUGUAGUUAAAAACUUAACUAUUUUUAUAGCAAUAAAUACAGAACCAACCUCAGAAAACCUAACUUCGAAAUAUCCACAAGAAGUGCAAAUAGUUCAGUCAAAGUUUCGCUCCGAAGGGACAGGAAUCAAUACAUUAGUAAAAGAGGUCCAGACACCGUAUGUGUUUAUGGCUAGACAUACCGAGAUAUUGACCAGUGAUUCUAGGUUAGAAAGGUUAAUUCAUGAAAUAGAAAGUUUGAACGUUGUCGCUGCUGGCGGGGCAUUUCGGGAUGAGAACGGGCAUUGGAGAAAAGGUUGUUACCAGUCCAUGUACCGAAACUACACUCUAAAAUACAUUGAAGGGUAUGACGAAUCUUUCCACGAAUGCUUGUUUUGUGACUUUAUUCAGGGACCAUUUGUUGCAAGAACUGAAUAUCUGAAAGCGAAUGCAUUACUAGAUAAUAAUGAAACUAGUGGAUUAUAUGAGGAUUUCUUUCUUAAAAUUUCACAGUCGGGACAGGAGUCAGUCAUCUGUCCAGAUUCCAUGUUUCACGUCAAUGCCAACAAAACUGCAAACUCUGAUGUGGACUGGAAACCAUUUGUAAAAAAGUGGAACUUACAUACCAUUCAUACACCUCAAGGACAGACGUUUACUCAAAGCUGUAACACACAAAUAACCGGAAGUAGACCAUCUCAGGCACUGUCACCAUGUGCUUUACAAUUAAUCAAUAGCGCAAUUAAAAAUAUCAUGAGCACGUGUGAGAAAACUGGCGUUAUUUGUGAACUUUUAGGAGGAACAAUAUUAGGUGUUGUAAAGUUAGGAAAGGCGUUACCAUGGGAAUACGACUAUGACGCAAACUUUUUGGCAACGAACUGUACAAAAUGCAAACAACUUGAAGCGGCACUGUAUAACGCAGGAUUUAAAUUUAGAAAUUUUGCAACGUCUUGUUGUAAAAGGAAACUGAAAGAGAAAGAUACCAUAUUCUCCGGGGGCUCCUACAAGGGUAAAUAUGGUGAUCUUCAUGGUAGGGCAGUGUUGGACAGUGAUCUACUUAUAAAGGAUGGAUUAUCACCAACAAAGAUUAUCCUGGACGGACAAUGGGUGAAUGUCCCGAGAAAUCCGGGUCUUAGUGUUAGAAAUAGAUAUGGGAAAGAAAUAUAUAGACAUGCUGAACAUUGGAGAUUCAGUGGCGGUGAACAUGCUGAUAAAAUGAUGGACUAUACAGCAGACACAUUUUUACCAUGUAAACAUCCGGGUUACCAUGAUUGUUUAGAUAGAUUCAAUACAGAUGGUGAUUUGUCAUUCGUCGAAAUGCUUCCUUGAAAGUUGUUUGGUAUUAUUGUUUAUUGUUGUGAUUAAGCAGAUAUUGUGAUGUUUUGG